UAUUGGUCAAGUUGCUAUAAUGAAACUAAAGAAUGUGCAGAAAUAGAAAAUUUCUCAUCACCUUACUUUGAAAAAGAACCAAAAGGAUCAAAACGUACUGUCAUUAUUUCUCAUCUAACAAAGAAAUUUAGGAAUUGUUGGAAAUUCAAGACAGCAAUAAAAGAUGUAUCACUAAAUUUGCAUGCUGAUCAAAUAACAGUACUUUUAGGUCCCAAUGGAGCUGGUAAAACAACAAUUAUGAGUAUUUUGACAGGGAUAUUUAAACCUACUUCUGGAACAAUAUUAAUUAAUGGGAAAAAUAUUGUAACAGAAACAUCAAAAGCUCGAAAAAAUCUUGGACUUUGUCCUCAGUUUAAUAUAUUUUGCAGUUCUCUCAAUGUAGAAGAAAAUUUGAAAUUUUUUGCAGGUCUUAGGAAUAUGAGUUUGUCAGAUAUAAAAUCAAAUGUAAAUGAAAUAUUAGAUUAUCUUCAGUUACAAGACGUGAGAAACGUUAUGACAGAAAAAUUGUCAGAAGGAAUGAAGCGUAAAUUAUCAAUUGGUAUUGCAGUUGUUGGCGGUUCAAAGUUAUUAGUAUUAGACGAACCAACUUCUGGAAUGGAUCCACAGUCUAGACGGGUAAUUUGGGAGACAAUUUUGAAGUUGCGUAAAGGACGUACCAUACUUUUAACCACUCAUCAUAUGGAAGAAGCCGAUGCACUUGGUGAUCGCAUAGCAAUUAUGACAGAAGGAUCUAUUAAAUGUUUUGGAUCCUCUGUAUUUUUAAAAAAAAAAUUUGGAACUGGCUAUCAUCUUCAUGUUACAAAAUCUGAUAUUUGUCAGAUUGAUGAGAUUACUAAAAGAAUUAAAAUUCAUAUACCAGAGGCAAAUAUGGUCAGCAAUUUUGAUCAGGAAUUGAUUUAUUCUCUCUCUUUCUCGUCGGAAAAUUUUCCCGAGUUAUUCAAGUCUUUGGAAAAUUCAUAUUCUGAAUUAGGAAUUACAUCAUGUGGGAUUACUGUAACGACUAUGGAAGAUGUAUUUCUUAAUAUUCAAAAGCUAGAAGAUAAUGCUCCAGAUACAUUCAAUUGCUAUGAAAAUGGAUACUUAUCUGAAUAUCAAGAAGAAAACAUAAAUCUCAUGUGUUCUUCCAAGUUAUCUGGAAUAAAAUUAACAUUGCAACAAUUAAAAAGUCUGUUGAUUAAAAGAUUUCAUUAUACAAGACAUAAUUAUUUUCUUUUGAUAUUUCAAAUUCUUUUGCCAUUUUGUUUAAUUACUGUUCUAGUUUUGAUAGAUAUUCUAUUUUUUUCUAAAACUAAAGAUGAAGCAAUUGUCUUAGAUUUAAAAACUCUUUUUGGCAACACAGAUGCAUUUUAUAUUAAGAAUUCAGAGAAUUCAAUAAUAGAUGUAUUGUCAGACAAUUACAAAAAAGUCCUUGAAAGUGAAAAUGCAAAUAUUAAACAAACAAAAAAUGCUACACAGUAUUUCUUUGAAAGAACAAAAGAUCUUAAACAUUAUAUAAAAAAAGAUCUUGUAGGUGCAAGUUUUUCAGGGAAUGAUUCAGAAAUUAAUAUUACUUCUUGGUAUAAUGGAAUAAAUUAUCAUUUGGAAUCAAUUUCGUUUAAUUUAUUAACAUCAUCUCUUUUGAGAUUUGUUACAGAGGAUGAUAAAUCAAAUAUAGAAAUUAUAAAUCAUCCAUUUAAUUUUCAAACAGAUUUAGAAACGUAUAUAAAAAAUGAUUUUAAAUCUAAAUUGAGUUCCCAAUUUUUAGUUAGUUUGGCAUUGACAUUUUUAUCAUCAGUUUUUGUAAUAUUUCCUCAUCAUGAACGAAUUUCAAAAUCUAAAUUGUUGCAAAAGAUAUGUGGUAUCAAUGGCUUUAUUUAUUGGAUGAUGAAUUUUGUUUGGGAUUUUAUUAUCGUUAUAGUUUCCACUAUUUUGUUAUUGUUACCAUUAAUUAUAUACAAUGGUCUACAAUCAACUAUAGAUGUAAAUGGCGAAGCAAUUGGUUUCAUGCUUAUAAUUUUAUUAUUAUAUGGUUGGGCAUCAAUUCCCUUUUCUUAUUUAAUAUCACAUUUGUCAAAAAGUGUAUUCACCAGUUUUAUUAUAAGCAUUUUAUUUAAUCUGUUUACUGGAACAUUAUUAGGUGCCAUGGCUCUUUUGUUUCAUUGGACAGAUACUACUCUUAUUAGCCAAGGUCAAGAAAUAGCAUAUAAAAUACUUAAACUAUUUCCUGUUCUUUCAUCAAGUUUAAUUUUAUCUGAUAUUCAUGAAAUAGUUAUGAAUAACAUAUUAUGUGAAAAUUUUGAAGAAGGUUAUAAAAUUUGUAAUAAAAAGAACAAGACACAGUACUUUCGUUGUUGUUCAAGAAAAGUUUGUGAGGAUGGGUGUUUGACACGAAAUGUUGAUUGGAAUAGGGAAUUGCCAGAAUUUGCUUUGCCUUUGUUCAUUGAAGGAGUGAUAUUUUUCAUAACACUAAUUUUCAUAGAAAUAGCUUUAUCUAAAUUGCUACAUGAAUGUAUCAAAAUAUUUACUAGUAUAAAGAAAUCAAAAGAAAGAGAAAGUGAUAAUAUUUCUCUUCGUAAGGACAUUGACAUAUUAAAUGAGGAAUCUCGAGUGAAAGCACUUUAUUUGGAGCAUGAAAUUAAUAAUGAAGUCUUAACAGUAAAAGAUUUAACAAAAAAUUAUUUUGGUUCUGGCUGCACUGUCAAAGAAUUAACUUUUUCUGUACAUAAAAAUGAAUGUUUUGGUUUGCUUGGAAUAAAUGGGGCUGGAAAAACAACUGUAUUUCGUAUGCUGGUUGGUGAUCUGAUACCUGAUUCUGGUGAUUUCUAUAACAACAGAGGUGGUCUUCAAAAAAACAAAAAUAAGUAUCUACCUGGCAUAGGUUAUUGUCCACAAUCUAAUGCUCUCAUUAAUCACUUAACAGGAAAAGAAACAUUGACAUUGUUUGCUAAUUUAAGAGGUGUUUCACCACAAGAUAUUGAUUGCAUUGUCAAUAAAACUUUAAAGUUUUGUGAUCUUAAAAAAUAUGCUAACAGGACUACUGAAACUUAUAGUGGUGGAACACGACGUAAAUUAUCUGUUGCAAUAGCUUUAAUUGGUCUGCCAGAAAUAAUUAUUCUUGACCAACCGACAUCUGGAGUCGAUCCAAAAUCUUGUCAUAAGCUAUGGAAAAUAUUAAUAAUGAUCAAAAAAUUGCUGGGGGAAUCAUUGCUACUCUCAUCUCACAACAUGAAUGAAUGCGAAGCCUUAUGUGACAGAGUAGCAAUUAUGACCAAAGGAGAAUUUCAUUGUUUGGGUACAAUACAACAUCUUAAAAAUAAAUUUGGUCAAGGUUAUACUCUUGUUGUCAAAAUGAAACAAACUGAUGAAAGAAACCAGAUUACUGAAUUGAAGAAGUUUAUCAAAAGUGCCUUUCCUACUAUUGUAUUGAAAGAUUCAUAUCAGGAUACUCUGCAGUAUCAUUUAUUGGAUGAGUCUAUGAAAUUGAGUAGAAUAUUCUCUUUUAUGGAAGAAGUAAAGCAAAAAUUUUCUUUAGAAGAUUAUCUCGUUAAUGAUACUACAUUAGAGCAGAUUUUCUUAGCAUUUGCCAGAUCGACUUAGAUGAUAUCGACCUUACAAAAGGAAGGAAAAUUAAGUUGCUUACGAUAUUGAAUCAAUUUGAAUCAAAACCAAAACAUAUACAGGAUCAUCCAUAAUAAUAAUGAAAAAUGUGCCUAAAAAUCAAGAAAAGGAAAUUGAACCAGCAUAGCCAACAAAUGCGGUGGAGACAGAAUAAUAGAAAAUUACCACAACCACAAAGAAGACAGAAAGACUAUUCACAAGGUUUUUACCAGAUUUGUUUAGUAUUGUUGC